AUGAGCACAUCCGCCUCUCCAGCUGCCAUGCUCCUCCGGAGGCUCCGGCGACUCUCGUGGGGCAGCACUGCCGUCCAGCUCUUCGUCCUCACCGUGGUGACGUUUGGCCUGCUGGCGCCGCUGGCCUGCCACCGACUCCUGCAUUCUUACUUCUACCUGCGCCAUUGGCAUCUGAACCAAAUGAGCCAGGAGUUCCUGCAGCAAAGCUUGAAAGAGGGAGAGGCUGCCCUCCACUACUUUGAGGAGCUGCCCUCUGCCAAUGGCUCUGUGCCGAUUGUGUGGCAAGCCACCCCCCGCCCCUGGCUGGUGAUUACCAUCAUCACCGUGGACAGGCAGCCUGGCUUCCACUAUGUCUUACAGGUUGUGUCCCAGUUCCACCGGCUUCUUCAACAGUGUGGCCCCCAGUGUGAAGGACACCAGCUCUUCCUGUGCAAUGUGGAGCGUAGUGUAAGCCACAUUGAUGCCAAGCUGCUGUCCAAGUACGUCCCGGUGGCCAACCGCUACGAGGGCACUGAGGAUGAUUAUGGCGAUGACCCUUCCACCAACUCCUUUGAGAAAGAGAAGCAGGACUAUGCCUAUUGCCUGGAGUCUUCCCUGCAGACCUACAACCCAGACUACGUCCUGAUGGUGGAAGACGAUGCUGUUCCAGAAGAGCAAAUCUUCCCCGUCCUGGAGCACCUUCUGCGGGCCCGCUUUUCGGAGCCACACCUCAGAGAUGCCCUUUACCUAAAACUCUAUCAUCCUGAGAGGCUCCAGCACUACAUCAACCCAGAGCCCAUGCGGAUCCUUGAGUGGUUUGGCGUGGGCAUGGUGCUGGGGCCCUUGCUAACCUGGGUGUACAUGAGGUUUGCCAGCCGUCCUGGCUUUAGCUGGCCCGUGAUGCUCUUCUUCUCCCUGUACAGCAUGGGUCUGGUCGAACUCAUUGGGCGGCACUAUUUCCUGGAACUAAGGCGGCUGAGUCCUUCCCUGUACACUGUGGUUCCUGCAUCACAGUGCUGCACACCGGCCAUGCUCUUCCCGGCCCCUGCUGCCCGUCGGACCCUCACCUACCUGUCCCAGGUAUACUGCCACCAGGGCUUUGGCAAAGACAUGGCACUGUACUCGCUGUUGCGGGCAAAGGGGGAGCGGGCCUAUGUUGUGGAGCCCAACCUUGUAAAGCACAUCGGGCUGUUCUCCAGCCUCCGAUACAACUUUCAUCCCCGGCUGCUCUAG